AUGUUGAAGGGUCGCGGUAGGGCUUCAGUGCCCGGGACCCCUACAAUGGGAAUGCGGUCUCUAAACAGAGCGCCCAUGGCGAAGCCGGAGCCAGACUACGAAGUAGUAGAGUUUCCUUCUGAACAGUACGUCAACGCUAAAUUGCAACCACCUCCACCACCGCCACCACGACCACCAACAGGUCAUCCAAUGGACACGUCUUGUGGUCUGUGCGGCGGUGGCGGCGCUAGAGUGCGGUGUACGGAGUGCGGACGUCGCGCGCUCUGUGCUUCAUGCGACGACAUGUAUCACAGACACCCGAAGCGGAGAAAUCAUCAGCGACAGGCUCUUCCACCGUCCCAGAUAAAGGAAGUGAGACCGCCUUUACCACCAAAGGGAACACCACCCGUUCCACCUCCGCGGAGACACAAGAUGGCUGGAGACAGAAGCACAGCAAGUCCUAGACCACAACCGAUCGAUCCGAGGCAAGCCACCGUAAAUUUGGUCCAUGGGCCUCAAAAUCACUUCAACCAAUCAACGACGCUACCACACAACAAUUUUCCAAGUCAACGUACACCUCAAAAUUCUCAUUUAGCAAUGCCCAACUUUACUGGUGCUAUGCAAGCGCCUAUGGAACCGACUGGUUUCAACUCUUGGGGACGCACGCGCACUUCAUUACCCGGAUACAAUGUCCCACCCCAAAACAUUAUGCCAACUCAACAAAUGGAACAUUGGGAAGGCCACGAAAAUCUAACACAGAAUUGGGGCCGACCUCUACGACGCGGGGCUUCGGUUAUGGAGUUGGGGGGGCCCCCGCCUUGUGCUGGCUGUGCCCAUUGUGCCCCCAACCCAUGGCGCUACGGAAGCUGUGCUAACCUAGAUAACUCCUGGGGGCAAUGGCCACAAGGGUGCUGUAUUCCACCAACGCAUAAUCCCCGAUUGCCCUAUCCUCAAAUGCACCCUCAGACGCCUCAACCAUAUCGAAGAGCGGAAAGUCGAUGCGUGUCUCGUGCUGCUUCCCGCGCCCACUCACGCGCUCCAUCGCCAGCUUUAAGCAUGCGUUCCCGCACAUCAAGACGCAAGCCGAGAUCUCCGACGCCUUCUUUGCCAUCAAGUGAUGCUGACUCAGAAAGUGAGCCGGAGAGCGAUAGAGGCCAAGUAAAGAGAGUCGAGGAGAGAAUGGAAAUAAAAGAAAAGGAAAUAAAUAAUAAGGAAGAAGUUAAAGAAAGUGAAAGUGAUCUAGGACCCGCCCCACAAGCACCUAACACGACAUGGCAAUGUGAACAUUGUACGUUUGUUAACGACCCCGGUGUAAGAGUAUGCAUUGUAUGCUGUCGCACGCCAACUGUUACACCGAAAACUAUCACUUCUUUGCAAAAAAGCAUGGAGAAAUUAAACGUUGAAAAAUCUGUUGAAAAAGUUGAAAAAGCCCCAUCUCCGGUGGUUACAAAAGUUAUAAAUACUAUAGAUGACAAACCAAACAAAGAACGCACCAGAAAAGAACGCGUAUCCACUGGUUGCGGGCCGUCUCCGCCAAAAGACGUGAAACCUAAAAAUCGAUUAGAAACACCGACAAGAGAAAGUAAUCAAAAAUCAAAACAUUCCCGGCAUGAUAUAGCCGUUGGGCCGUCUCCUCCUAAAGAUAUUCAAAGUCACAUCAAAACUCAGCCGCGUGAACCUGCUGAAACUUUGAAACGAAGUAUUGGAUCAUCGCCACCAUCCAGUCCAAUAACUAAAACGGUUGUGAAACAGUAUGAAAUACAAAAACAGUCUGUUGGAAGUUCGCCGUCCCGCGAUAGACCAGAAUCAAGAAGCAGCAGGACUAAUGUGUCAAAUACGGGUACAUCUCCACCACCUCAGAGUAUAUCAACGCAGACGUAUGAAGUGCCUAAUAAUUGGGAACGACCAGCUUCUGUGACCCGCUCACGUCCGCGGCGCCGUUUCAGAGAAGACAGGCGAGAGAGAUCUCACAGCAGGCAUUCACUCUCCAGUGAUACGCGAGAAAGUGAACGCAGUGUCCGCACAACGGGUGGUAGAUGGGAGUGGCGCGACAGCAGUCCGGCCGCUGACUGGAGUGAGACUGAGCGCAAGAAAGCCGAACGACUCACGCGCAGAGCUUCACACCUUGAUUUGCGCCGGACGCGCCCUUCGCAACGGACCAGCCUUUAUGGGUCCGAGGGCCCGUCACCAGAGCCGUUAUCAAAUAAUCGAGCAAUUUCCUUAGAAGCUUUAGCUGGGGGACAUUCAAAGCGUGAAGCAGAAAGAGGUCUGGAACUAGCAAGACUUAUGACUGAAGCAGAACGCCUCGGCUUCAGUGCAGCUGAAGUUCACGCCGCUCUCGCACAGAAUCCGGUAGCGCCUCUUGCCUGGCUAAGAGAGCGAUGGCCCAGUUUGGUGGCGGGAGUUAGAGCAGCGGCAGCAAGACUUGCCGCUGGAACCAACGUAUCAGAGCUGGAAGCGCGCGCCGCUUUAUCGAAACAUAGAGGAGCCAUGUGGCCCGCCGUCACGGAGUGUGUCGAGCGACAUAGGCGACAGAUAGGUGAAAGUGGAAUAAGUGAAGAAGGAAAAUUACGAGGUCGAGUUUGGGGUUCUCCGAUAGGUGUCGAUGACGAAGCCAUCCCGCCGUCUUUCUCCACCCGCUCACACCGCAGUCGCGCCAACGACAGUUCAGACGAAUUCGGAGAAUCCGUUAAUAAUUUUCAAGACGAUGACUGGAUGUAUUUACCGCUUAAUAUAAACAGAGAUACAUAUGAAACUGAACCAAAGCUUGAAGAUAGAAUUAAAUCUAAUCCUACUGAUACAGAAAAUAUAGCUGAAAAAUUAAAAUUAUUAUUAGACCUAGCUGGUAUUCCUUCUAUUGAAGAAAGUUUGCUUGUGCAAGGACUACGUGCAGAUAGUUCUAAUAAAUUAUUAAAGGGAAAUAAAGUGCGUACUUCUCCUUCACAGCAUACAGAAAAUUUAUUGGAUUUCAUACAAUCCGAAAAGGAUUUUAUUGAUGCCUACAAUGCAUUAACACGUCUAAGUCCGUUGCCAAAUAUAGAACAACAUAAGAAAGUAGUUCCAACCGACUCUUCAAUUGACACCGGCAUACAAAGUCUUGAUCAACAGCCUCAAAAUCAAUUGUAUCCAUCGAAUAUAGAUUCCAGUAUUGAAAUUACACCAAUUUAUUCAGAUAAUCAAACAAAUAAUAGAAUAAAUAUUCCAAUAUCAUCUGAAAGCACAACACAAGAAAUUUUAACAUCUCCAAAAAUAGAACCAUCUAAAGAAAAUAAUACAUUAAUGGUUAAUAACAGACAGCUAGAGAAAGCUUCGGUAGUUAAUGUUAUAGAGGAAAGGCAAACGGUAGAAGUGCAAAAUAUAAAAUCAAAUAAUCUUAGUGAUUUAGUAGAUAACACACAGCGGUUAAUACAACAAAUGAAAGAUGAAAUUAAUUACGAUAUCAAUUCAAACCAAGAUUCCGAGAAAAGUGAUAUAUCAGGUGUGAAUGAUUCAGAGCCUUCCACAGGCCAGGAAUCUAGUUACAGUGAAUCGGAAAACAAUACAGAAGAAGUUGAAGGUACAUCUGAUGAAAAUGAAAGCUCGAUCGAAGAGGAUGAACAAGAAAAUGAAGAAUCCACAGAAAAUAAAGAUGCUAUGACAAGUUCAGAGGAUACAGAGCAGUUUGAAGAAGCAAUAGAUUAUUCUGAAUCGCCACAGGAAUUACAACAAAAUAACAAAACAGUUAUUGAUAUUUCUUCGCAAAAGUUACAAAAUGAUAAUAUUGAUUCUCCUAAAAUAAUAGCGAUAAAAAAAGAGAUGCUCCCUGAAGAUAUGAAUAAUAACUUCUUUACAGUAGUGAACUCGUUUGAAGAAAUAUAUGAACAGCUGGCGAGUGAAACUAAAAUUCAAGAAACAAAUUCAAAUAAAAACCCUGUAACAAUACCUAUAAAAAAUAAAAGUAAUCAACUUACUAAAGAAACUCUGGAAACAAUAGAAUUUAAAGUAUCUACACCAAUGAAAGAGAUUUUUUUGGAACUAAGAAGACCUAUCAUGAAUGCUUCUAUUGGAAAUGUUUAUGAACAAAAAGAAUCAGACCCAGUUAUAAAAAAGAUUCAAGUAAACUUACCAUCCCAAGUCAAAGAUAUUAAAAAUGAAAACAAUUUAGAAGAUUCCACUCCAGGUGGCCCUAUGCCUUCUCAUGGAGAAAUAAAUAUACAAAAAUCUAAUAAUGGGCUAGUUGUUAAUGAUAUUCCUUCGCAUGCAACUGUUAUCGAAAUAGUCGACUUAAAGAAAGCAAACGACAGUGAAGAAAAUGAUACUCUAAACCCAAGCGAAGAUCUUGUUUCAAAUACAAAUGCUAACAAAAAGAAUGUUAAUAUAUCUAAACCAAGUGUGUUAGGUAAAUCUAAUAUUCCAGUCCCCAUCAAAUCUAUUUCCGAAAAAGAUAAACAGGAUAAAAAUCCGAAAACAAUAGUUUCUAAACUACCCGUAAGACGCACUUCAAUCAAACAAUACCCAGCGCCCGCACCUCCUAAAGCUCAAUUCGCGACUGUUCAAAAUGGAAAUGUUAAGCAACUACAGAGCAAAUUAUUUGUUCCGAAACCUGAAAUAAGCCAAGAUACGCCUAUUUUAGAUCCAACACCUUCUACGUCAACGUUAAAGAAAAAACAGGCUCCACAACCUCCGAAAAGUGAGAAACAGUCAUCACCAAAUAUGUCUCCUAAGGAAAAAGAACAAUUCUUCCGGGAAACGUGUCGAACAGAAGAUGAAUGGACUGACAGCGAAUCUGAUGAAGAUAUAAAAUCAAUGCAAAAAAUUAGGGAAACCACACCAACACCUGAGAUUCAGCCGCCUCCACCACUAACAAUGCGGCGAAUUUCGGGACAAAUCAUAGACUUAACGAGAAUACAAUUACCCGAAGGUUCUCCAGAGAGACAAGCUCGUAUGCUUUUAGCGGAAGGCGCAACAGAAAAUUGGGAUCAAGCUAGGAUCGCCGUAGACUUAAUAACGCGAGGGACAGAUGUCCCAACAGCUCUCUUAGCUGCAUUGGAAUGCACUGAUCUCACAGCUGCCUUGGUAUACUUAAACCAAUACUGUGAACUGUGCGCUGCACACUAUCCGGAACAUGAAAUGGUAUCUAUGUUGCGAUGUGAGCACAGGUGUUGCCGCGAGUGUGCCAGGCACUACUUCACAGUGCAAAUCACUGAGCGCAGUAUCGUUGACUGCGUAUGCGCAUAUUGUAAGGAACCAGAGUUGGAAAACUUAGACGAAGAUGCCUGGGUCAAUUACUUUGCACAUUUGGAUAUUUUACUGAAGACGUUACUUGAAAACGAAGUACAUGAAUUAUUUCAAAGAAAAUUACGAGAUCGAACGCUCGCCCGAGAUCCAAACUUCAGAUGGUGCGUUGAGUGCUCUUCAGGGUGUUUCGUAAACCCCAAGCAAAGGAAACUUCGAUGUCCUGAAUGCAAAUCUGUCACUUGUGCCACGUGCAGAAAACCGUGGUCCGCAAAUCACGACGGUAUUUCAUGUGAACAAUAUGCGAUAUGGCUUGAAGAUAACGAUCCGGAACGAUCAAUGGCUGCGGUCCAACAGCAUUUGAAAGAAAAUGGCUUGGAGUGUCCGCGGUGCCGUUUUAAAUAUUCACUUUCCAGAGGUGGUUGUAUGCAUUUCACCUGUACCCAAUGCAAAUACGAGUUUUGUUACGGUUGUGGAAAGCCAUUUAUGAUGGGUGCAAGAUGCGGGCUAAGCGAAUACUGUGCUAAGCUGGGAUUACACGCGCACCAUCCCAGAAACUGUCUCUUUUACCUACGUGAUAAAGAGCCCCAUGAUUUGCAAACGCUUCUUCAGAUGAACAACGUCACAUAUGAAACUGAAGCUCCGCAAGGGAGCAACAAGCGGUGUCCAAUUCAAUUGCAACGGGAAACUCCCACUGGUCUCGUAGACACAACGUGUGGAAACGAAGUUGCAUCCGGCAACGCUGGUCUUUGCAAGAACCAUUACUUGGAGUAUCUGAGUCGAUUGGUGCGUAACAAGAAAAUCGAGCCUUUGCCGAUAUUGGGCGUGGACGAUUUGGAGACUUUGGUGCGUCGAGCUGCUAUGAGGCUUCCGCCACGGCCCUACGGCUCUCUCGAGGGCGUCUACAAACGGAACCUGCUCCAGGUCUGUUCACGUCGUGUCUUCUUGCAGGAUGCACUACGUGGAAUACUUGGCUGGGUUGGCGCGUACGCUUGA